GUGCCUAUUCUAAGCUACGCGCCAAAAAACCGCCUUUUCCCAGAGAACGCGUCAUAUGACGUAACGACAGGCAAACAUAGGCGCUGCAGCCCUGGUUCUCAGUGUGGGUUUACGUAGUCUGAGAGGUGGAAACAGAAAAUAGAGAUUGUCGUUAUCGUUAUUAUAGUUAUAGUAGGUUUGAGUUGUCACAAUGGUGAAUUCUUGUGUUUGUUUUGGAUGCAACAACUCCAACUUGUCUGGCCAUCGGGUCCACCGAUUUCCAAACAAGAAACACAAAGAUUUCCGUGCUUGGAUACGUUUCGUCCAGGCAAAGAGAAGCAAUUUCGCUGCCUCCUCGUUGACUAGACACACGGUGGUAUGUGAAAAACACUUCACACCGGACAGCUACAACCAAGGAGAUCUUAUGGAAUUUCGCAUGGGAUUUCGACGAAAAGAGUGGGUUAGGCUGGCAAAUGGAGCUGUGCCAUCGGUGCAUGCAAGUCCACCUGCAAAAUCUGGCGGGAGUGAAGAGUCUAACGUUAAUGUUAGCACUAGCAGAGAAUCUGCGCGUCGAAAACGGGAGCUUUGCACAAUUAUGGGAGAGAGUGCUGCCAGCAAAGACGGGGCGGGUGCAACUGCCACUUCAGAUCCUGAUGGAGAUGGAGACAUCUCUACAAUGGACCCUGAGCCAGAACUGGUCCAUCGUGGAUCACAGUGCAACAUAAGAUGUUUACAUCGUUCAUUAGGUGUUCAGGUAAAGCCUCAGAUGGUGGAUGUGGGGACUCAAACCGAAAGGUUUGAGCAUCGCAGAUCAACUCCACUGGCCAGUCCUGAACAAAGUGAUGAUGAAUGGUCAUUUUCUGAUAUUGUCAACCAUUCUGGUGAUAUGUCAUGGAGUCCAGGGGAGGAGAUGUUGAGAGAGUCCUCUGAGGAGGAACCAGAAGAGCUGGAAUCUCUCAGUGACCCAAAUGCUGUUGACAAGUUCAUUGUUUGCCAGAGGCAGUUGCUGUCCUUGUUCACAGUUUGCCCUGCAUGCUGUGGGGAAACCCAGGGACGCAUAAUGCACCCGGAAGGAACUUUCAUAAAAGUCAAGCAGGCCUGCGGAACUUGUGGCUAUGAGCGUUACUGGCAAAACCAAGAGAAGGUGCAUCGAAACAUGCCUGCCUGCAACCUUUUACUCAGCGGUGCCAUCCACUUCUCAGGUUGCAUGGCUACUCAGACAAUCAGGAUGCUGAAGCUGUUUGGACUGCAGUGCAUAAGUCCCGGCACUUUUUUCCGCCAUCAGCGCUAUUACACUAUCCCUACCAUCGUGCAGGCCUGGAGGAAUGAGCAGAGUGGGAUCAUCAGGGAGUUGAAGGAGACUGGGGGUGGAUUGAUCCUGUCUGGUGACUGCAGAUCAGAUUCUCCUGGACACUGUGCCAAGUAUGGUAGCUACUCCUUGAUUGAGGAUCGAAUUAACAAAGUUUUGGAUGUUCAGCUUGUCCAAAGCUCAGAAGUCCCAAGCAGCUCUUGGUGUGAGCUAGAGGGUCUAAAGCGGAGUAUGCAGUUCCUGAUGGACCAAGACAUGCAAGUGUCUGCUCUGAUAACAGACAGAAAUCGGCAGGUGGCCAAGUGGGUACGUGAGAAAAUGUGUUCAGAAGGAACAAAGCAUUUCUUUGACGUCUGGCAUAUUGGGAAAAGUGUACAGAAAGCACUGGAUGCUGCUGCAAAAGAGAGGGACUGUGAGGAUCUGAAGCUGUGGAGGCCUGCCAUUAUCAACCAUCUCUAUUGGACCGCAGCUUCCACCCCUACAGGAGAUCCAGAUGAGAUGCAGGCAAAAUGGCAGAGUAUGAUAAAUCAUGUACAGGACAUACAUGAACACAGCUCUCCAGCAUUUACCAGCUGCACACAUCCACCGUUGGAAGGAGAGGCAAGAAACAAGGAGUGGCUGGAACCAGGUACAACAUAA